UUAACCCAAACAAAAACAAUAAUCAUCCAAACACAAAACUCCAACACAAACCUUUCCAUGAUCCGAAACACAAACGGGUCGGGUCGCCGGAUACUAACCUCCCCGGCGAUUCUUCCAUGCGAAAACAUCGCUCUCUCUACUCUUCUCUCUUCACUCAUCGCUCUCUCCGACGCCGUUUCCACUUUCCAACGCAAGUCCUUCCCUUGCAACAACCGGAACGCGAGAAACGCGAUUCGUUUGACUCUCCUUCUCCAACCUUUUCUACAUGAGAUCCGAGACAACAAUUCGGGUCUAUCCGACCCGGCUACCCUCAGCUUGUCGGAGCUCCAUUUCACCUUCCAGAAGCUUCUCUUCCUCCUGGAAGACCUCGCCCGCGAAGGGGCCAAGCUUUAUCUCUUGAUGGAAUCGGAUCGGGUCGCUUCUCAGUUUCGGGUCAUAUCCAGAUCCGUGGCCACUUCUUUGGACGUGUUCCCUUUCGGGUCUGUGGAUAUCUCUGAUGAAACUAAAGAGCAUGUUUUGCUGCUGAAUGAACAAGCAAGGAGGGCAAGGUUUGAAUUUGAGGAAGAAGAUAAACGGGUUGUGAUGAGUGUGGUGUCGGGUUUGACCCGGUUUGAGAACCGGGUUGCCCCGGAUGAGGGUGAGUUGAAGUGGGUUCUUGAGUAUAUUGGGGUUAGAGGGUGGAGUGAGUGUAACAAAGAGGUGAAGUUUUUGGAGGGUGAGAUUGGGUUUGAGAGCUUGAACGAGGAGAAGAGAAAAGUGGGGUUUUUAAGUAGUUUGAUGGGGUUCAUGAGUUAUUGUAGAUGUGUGGUGAUGGAGGUUGUUGAUUGUGAAGAAAGUAAGAGAAAAAAUGAUGCAAGUGAGAAAAGUCCGAGUUUUUGUUUUGUUAACUCGGAUGAUUUUCGAUGUCCAAUCUCUUUGGAGUUGAUGAGUGAUCCUGUGACAAUAGAGACAGGUCAUAGUUAUGAUCGUUCAUCGAUUCUGAAGUGGUUUAGAAGUGGAAAUGCCACGUGUCCAAAGACGGGUAGAAGGCUUAAUAGCACUGAGUUGGUUCCUAACUUGGUGCUUCGAAGGUUGAUUCAGCAAUAUUGCUAUGCGAAUGGCAUAGACACAAGCAUUCCCAUUGUUAGGAAUCGUGAUAUCACUAGGACAAUGGAGCCUGGGAGUGUGGCAGCAGAAGGAGCAAUGAGAAUGUUGGCUAGUUUUCUGAAAGAAAGAAUUGAGAAUGGAAGUGGGGAAGAGAAGAACAGAAGUGCAUUUGAGAUAAGGCUUCUUUCCAAGGCAAGCAUUUUUAGUAGGUCUUGUUUGGUGGAAGCAGGUUUGGUUCCUCUUUUGUUGAAGUUGUUGUCAUUAAAGGAUUCUUUGACUCAAGAGAAUGCUGCUGCAGCACUUCUAAACCUCUCAAAAUGUGCAAAGAGUAGGAGCAUGAUGGUUGAGAAAUGGGGUUUGGAAUUGAUUGUUGGUGUGUUAAAAGAUGGUGUGAAGAUUGAAGCCCGCCAACAUGCUGCUGCUGUGUUGUUUUACCUUGCUUCAAGUGCCGAAUAUGGGAACUUGAUAGGGUUGGAGCCAGAAGCAAUUCCAUCAUUGAUAAGGCUAGUCAAAGGUGGCUCUGACCGAAGCAAGAAAAACGGUCUGGUUGCAAUUUUCGGCCUCCUUAAGCACCCUAAGAACCACACAAGGGUGCUUCAAAGUGGUGUAGUUCCUUUGCUAGUUGAGAUCCUAAAAGAGUGUGAAAAGGAAGACAUAAUCACUGACUCAUUGGCCAUUCUAGCAACUCUGGCAGAGAAAAGCAGUGAGGGUGUAUCAACAAUCCUUCAUUGUGGGGCUAUGCAUGUAGGUGUUGAGAUUUUGAGUUGUUCCACUUCAAGGUUGGGGAAGGAGCACUGUGUGGCAUUGUUGCUUUCUUUGGCAAUAAAUGGUGGAGAAGAUGUUGUUGCUUGUUUAGUGAAAAACGCUUCUCUUAUGGGAUCAUUGUAUUCUCAACUCAGUGAAGGAACAUCUCGAGCAAGCAAGAAAGCAAGUGCUCUCAUAAGGGUCCUCCAUGAUUUUUAUGAAAGGAGGUCCUCUGGAUUCAAGGCUUCAGUUAUUCCACAAGAACAGUUCAUUCAUGUUUGGUAACUCACCCAGUAUUUUUUGUUAACCUGGGUAUUCUUUAAUUUGUAGAUAUUGUUGUAUAAAUGUGCUUUGUUUUUUGUACUCAUGCUAUUAGCUCACGUUUUAAAGAGCUAAUGAGUUUAUCAGCUUCUGUUUUUAAUGAAGCUUGUACAAAUUAUUGUAAUUCAUUUCUUUGUAUUAAUUGAAUAAGAUUGUAUCAUGUCAAUUAAUCAGGAAUAAUAUUCAGAUUUGCCUCCU